GAUGACAGAUAAACAAAAAAAAAAUUUCUUUGAUCAUGUAUCUUCAUUCCGCAAGGACCUGUACUGAAAUUGAAAAGUAUCGCGAAAAAAUAAUAAUAAUUCCAUAAUGGAUCUUGUGUCCUUUCCUUUAAAUGAUUGCCAUGGCUAUUCUGUGAAGUUUUCCCCUUUUGUUGAACGAAGAAUUGCAUGUGUUGCUUCACAAAAUUAUGGACUUUCAGGAUCGGGAUUUCUUUUCAUUCUCGACUUAAGCCCAAGCAAUCACUUAACACUAGCAGUUGAGAGCCGAUGGACUGAUGGGCUUUUUGAUUUGGCAUUUGCUGAAGACCAUCCUGAUAUAAUAUUAACAGCAUCAGGUGAUGGAGGAAUCCAGUUGUGGGACUUGAAAACUCCAGAAGUGCCAAAGCUUGUGUGGAAAGAACAUUCAAGAGAAGUAUGUUGCCUGGACUGGAAUCAAACAAGACAACAACAGCUUGUUCUGAGUUCCUCAUGGGACAGGAGUAUAAAAUUGUGGGAUCCUAAGGGCACCAAUAGUCUUUGUACUUUCCUGGGACACUCUGAUUUAGUCUAUAAUGUUUCUUGGUCUCCACAUUUACCGAACUGCUUUGCUUCCGUAUCAGGUGAUCAUACAUUGUGUAUCUGGAAUAGCACAAAACCAGGUCAGCCUGUGGUGAAAUUAACAGCUCAUCCAACAGAAGUGCUAGCGUGUGACUGGUCCAAAUAUGACCGUAACGUCAUCGUGACGGGAGGUGUAGACGGCAGGAUUAAAGCAUGGGAUUUGAGAAACACUAGUACUCCAUGCUUUGAAUUAAUUGGACAUGAAUAUGCUGUUAAAAGGCUGCGUUUUUCGCCCCAUCAAGCACACCUGUUGGCAUCUUGCUCUUAUGAUAUGACAACACGUGUUUGGGAUACAUGCCAUCUUCAACCAGAAGUAUUUUCUCAUCAUCGUGAGUUUGUUUAUGGACUCGAUUUUAGCUGCCUGACACCAGACAAAAUCGUGGAUUGUUCCUGGGAUCGUACAGUCUCCAUUUAUACUCCACCGUCUGUGUUGAACACUGUCUAGAGUUGAUAAUAUUUGGCACGAAAUUCGUACCAAAAAUGAUGGCGGGUAUUCUUAUGAGUUUUUGUGCAACUCUCCACAAGUUUUUAUUAUCUAUUCGAAUAAUUAUGAAAUGCACCGAGAAUUAUAUUGAGAAUCCGAAUACAAAUAAAUGAAAGUAUUUUUUUUUUAAUCUGUCUGUUUUCCCUCAUAUUUUUAUUUCUCCUGUGCCAGUGUCUUGUCGGUUUCCCCUAGAACAUUUACCUACGUGACUAAAUUUGUCCGGGGGGAAUAAAGGAACUAUUUUGUCAAGGAGAAUUACUUCUAGGUGGCGCUCGCGCUUAGGGUGUAGGGAUACUAUUGAAGAAAAACCCUUCCAGUGGCUUUCCCUGACGCCACACUGUUGUGAAAGCUCUGGUCUGUAGUCGUUUUUCAGCGUUUGUCCUGCCAUCCCUCGAAUCUCGUGUGUUCCGGAGAAGAAUCACCUUCACGAGUGCUCUUCAAUCAUUUUACAAGACGACUAGUUGACUGGGAGAACAUCUUCGUCUACCAAAUGUGUCCAACUGAUUGAGAUGUUGCCAUUCUCCUGCACAUUGUCAACAUGUCCAUAGCUGAGAGAUAUGGAUCACUCGGUGUCCAUGAGGUAGUUGAUGACUCCAUGAAUGAGGUGAAAGAACGAAACAUGAACCCGACUUGCUCAGGUGUGAAACUUUUCCCUUUGGGCUUAGUUCCAAACCCAUAAGUGAUCGUAAAUUUAAAAACUUAAAACAUGUUAACUCAGCAGCAUCAGACACAAAAAUCUACAUAACUAAGUGUUGGUUCAUAUUGAAUCAUUGAUUUUCAUAGUGUGGAAACAUUUCCAUGUACAGAAUGACUUGCAACUUAUGGUAAUCAAUAUAAUGGUGAUUUUCAAAGUGUAACCUCAUCUUGUACACAUCUACGAGUUUUUACUUUUUUACAGAAUUCGCACACGGUUGUGUCCUAUGAUGGUUGAAGCGACCGUAUCCUUGGAGCUGAAAUUCGUCUUGCCAUUGCCUUAUGUCGGUAUGACUUCCCUAUGUGGGAUAGUUUGCAAAGGGAAUGUUUCUCUGUUUGUUUGUUUUUCGACCCGUCCUCGAACCAUUGUUCCGUUUGUUUUUUAGUGGGCCGUGGCAUCAGCAAAACAAGAGACCAGUUUUUUUCCUAGUUGGACGUUCCUCCAGCAUUUCCAGCUAAACGGAGACGCUUCUAUUCCUUACAAUGUCGAAGUUCUUGAUGGUCAAAUUGUUUAUUUUUUCGUCAUCCUCCUGAAAAUCGUUAAUCCUGGUGAGAUUCCUAGUUAAGCGAGGGGUUAAAUUUAUGCAUUUCUUUCCUUUUGUCGAUUCAGGCCAGAGACAAGCAACGGGCGAUGAUGGAACAUUGGCUUUACCAUCCCUACUGUUCCACGAUAAUGCGCCUUCCAUUUCCUAUGUCCCUUGAUGUUUUGGGGUUAACCGUGGGGUACAAUGGUAAAGUGAUUUUUCGCAUAAUUCUUCUUGGUAGUUAUCUCAGGAAGGCUAUCUGCUAGUCGAAAUUUUCUCCAACCAGUUUGCCAGUCUGCACAACAUUAAAGGUCGGAUCGAGCUGGGUAAUGACGAUUGGUGGUAAAACACUUCACAGUAAAGAUGGCAACGGCAAUAAUUUUUCUGAUUUUUUGCUCAUAAGGAACGUACGGUCUGUGUCAAUUAUUGUGAUGGUCACGGAAAAUAAACUUGGUUAAAACAAA